AUAAACAUUUUUGUUUGUGCUGUUUUGAAGUUACCUAGGUCUAAGUCUGAAUGUAUCGUCCUGCAUGCUUAAGGUUACCAGAAACUUGGCUACGAGCUAAAUCUUUUAAGUCGGGGUAUAGUCGGACGCCUCAUAGUCGUCAGGUUCACCAAGAUGGAUACAUUUCAAUGUUCUCUAAUUCGGCUCCGAGCUCUCGAUUUGAGCAUGUAACCAAUGAGCCUGUCCUCCAGUAUUUGAAGGGCUCUUCUGAGCGUGAGAAUUUGUUCCGGGCUAUUCGGGAGAUUCGCGAGGCAUCUCCUAUCGAAAUUCCAAUGGUGAUUAACGGAAAGAGCGUCAGGUCUGACGAUGUCGGGGAUGUUCGGCUGCCUCACGAGCACAAAACCGUGAUUGCCAGGUAUCAUAAAGCGGGGCCUGAGCACAUUGAGGAGGCGAUUGCUAGUUCGAUUGAUGCAAGAAAGAGUUGGGCCAAACUGCCCUCCGACGAUCGUCUGAGCAUUUUUCUUAAAGCGGCCGAACUGUUGUCAGACAAGUAUUGGCGCUCUAAGAUUGUCGCGGCGACCGUGCUGGGUCAGUCGAAGACAAUUUAUCAAGCAGAGUUGGAUGCGGCGUGCGAGUUGAUUGACUUCUGGAGAUUCGGCGCUUACUAUAGCUCCUGUCUUUAUGAGCCGCAACCUAACUCGUUGACCGGUGUGUGGAAUCGGCUCGUUUAUAGACCGUUGGAGGGAUUUGUGUAUGCGAUAUCUCCGUUCAAUUUCACGGCGAUUGGAGGAAACUUGGUUUCUACACCUGUCAUGCUCGGCAAUGUCGCGUUUUGGAAGCCAUCCUCUUAUAGUUUAUUGUCUAAUUAUUAUACGAUGUUGUUAUUAAAAGAGGCGGGGUUGCCGGAUGGUGUCAUUAAUUUCGUUCCUGGAGAUCCGGCCAAAAUUACAGACAAAGUUAUAGUCAACCGUCAGUUGGCAGGUAUUCAUUAUACAGGCUCAACGGACAUUUUCCGACGUUUGUAUACUGACGUUGGGAAAAACAUUUCGAAUUAUAUAUCUUAUCCUCGUAUCGUUGGAGAGACAGGGGGGAAAGGAUUUGUCUUUGCCCAUCGGUCGGCCGACAUUUCCGCGUUGGUUGUUGCCAUAAUUCGGGGUGCGUUUGAAUAUGCCGGACAAAAGUGCAGCGCCGCAUCGCGCGCGUACAUUCCGGCAAGUAUUUGGCCCAUGGUGAAAGCUGAGCUUUUGGAAAAAAUGAAGUCUGUCAAAUUGGGUUCUCCCGAGUCUCCAGAUGUGUUUGUGAACGCCGUCAUUCACAACGCGUCUUUUGAGAAAUCCAAGUCUUACAUUGACUACGCGAGGGCAUCUAGCGAGGCAGAAAUUAUAUACGGUGGCAAUUGCGAUAAUUCGGUCGGCUAUUUCGUGGACCCGACUAUCAUAGUCACCAGUGACCCCUAUUUCAAGUCGAUGGUCGAGGAAAUUUUCGGCCCGAUCAUGACCAUUUACGUUUAUUCAGAUGACCAGUUUAUAGAAACUCUUAAGAUCUGCGACAGCUCUACGCCCUAUUCCCUGACGGGGUGCUUCUGGGCGAACGACCGAGAAGCCAUUCGCACGGCCGACUAUUACUUGGAAAACACAGCCGGUAACUUCUAUAUCAACGACAAGCCGACCGCCGCUGUAGUCGCCCAGCAACCGUUUGGUGGGUCGCGCGCAAGUGGCACCAACGACAAAGCGGGGUCGCAUCUGAACCUAAUAAGGUGGGUCUCCGCUCGCGUCAUAAAGGAGACAUUCAUGCCGACACACGACGUCCUAUAUCCAUACAUGAAGUAAGAUUGUGUGUAAGAAUAUUCCCCUAUUUCGUAUAGGGGGUAUGGCACCAACUGAAAUGGCCGAGUUGCCUGUACUUUUUAUAAACUUUUGGGUUCUGGGACACCUCUC